UUGGCAGCGUGCGGCUCAGAGGCCGUGCCCAAGGUGUGAGCGAUAGCGGAAUCCGCAGUAAUUGCACCCAUGAGCGUGCCUCUCUUUGCAGCCAUUGACAUUCCCAUGAGCAGAGUCCCCGAGGACAGACUCCGGCAGCUCUUUGAAGAUGAAGAAGAUCGCAUGCUCCAGUUGGCAGAGGAGCAGCGGUGUGCGUGGGUGAGCCUCAUUGCAGACACCCGUGCUCGGCUGGCGGCCGUCGCGCGCGGUUCCCUAUCCCGCACGUCGGCCACCCAGCAGCCCGCCGUGCCAGAGACGGCGGAUCCAUUUCCUGCCAUUCCGGAGAUGGCCGUGCGCCGAAUGGAGUGGUAUGAUCUCCAGAGCGCAGGACAUUCUCUCCAGAAUUCAACUUCGCCGGAGUCUGGGCUUUCGUCACUUGAGAUGCCAAAUGACUUGCCUACAAUUCGGUCAGCGAACAACGUUAUCCAGCCGAGUCUGGACGAGUCACCCCCGGCUUCCCCAACUGACAAGAAUCUGCACUCUAGCAAAUCUGAUAACGCCUUGUCGACCUUUCUGAAUGACCUCCCCGACAGCUCAAGACGUUUGAACUGGGUGGAGCGCCUGAAGGUUUACAUGGACUACAUGGCAGGAGCGCUGGUUCUCAUGAACUCGGUCGCGAUGCUCUUGGAGUUCGAGUUGGAAGGACGGCAGACGGGGAAGUUCAUCGGCUUGCUUGAGAAUGUGCAAGCAGAGGCCGAAUGGACAGCUACCUUGAAAUUCUUCCGGGCUCUCGAUGCCGUCUUCGUGUUCACCUUUCUAGCGGAAUGGCUGGUGCGGGUCUACUUGGACAGAAAGAAGUUCUUAAAGGACUUCGCAAAUUGGUUCGACACACUCUGCGUCUUGUCGGGCAUCGCCGACCUGAUCUUACGCGUCUCCGUGGACAGCACAGCCUCGCGCAGCGUGGUGGUUCUGCGGCUCAUGCGCGCGCUGAAGUCUCUGCGGGCCAUCCGCAUGGUGCGGAGCCUCCGCUUCUUCCGGGGCCUACGGGUGCUGGUGCAGGCGUGCCAAUGCUUCUUGCCGUCACUUUGCUGGUCGAUGGUCCUCCUCGGGGUCUUCAUGACCAUGGGCGCGCUGAUGAUGGGAAACCUGCUGCAGGCGUUUAUCUUGGACGAGAACCUGGAGCUAGCUGAUCGCCAGUGGCUCUGGUCGCGGUACGGCACCGCGUACCGAGCCACCUACACCCUCUUCGAGAUCACAUUUGCCGGAAAUUGGCCCACGAGUGUACGACCUGUGCUGGACAUGGCCAGCCAUGCCUUCGUGUUCUUCUUCGCGUUCUAUGUGACUGUAGUUGUUUUUGCCGUGAUCCGGGUUAUCAGCGCAGUCUUCCUGAAGGACACUUUUGACGCAGCGCAGAAUGACGCCGAGCAGCAGGUGAUCGACAAGCUACGCCUCAAGGCACAGUAUGUCAACAAGCUGGAAGCGAUCUUCCAAGCCAUUGAUGAGACGGGCCGGGGCAUGAUCUCGCAGGAAAGGCUGACCAACAUCCUUGCUAACCCCAAGGUGGCAGCCUACUUCGAGACAUUGGGCCUCGACGUGCACGAAGGCCGUGCUCUGUUUCAUCUCCUUGACAAUGGUGACGGAGAAGUCACACUCGACGAGUUUAUUGAUGGAAUCAUGAGGUGCAAGGGAAACGCCCGCGCCAUUGACCAGGUAGCGAUGCACGCAGACUUGAAAAUGCUCGACAGGAAAAUCUCCAAACUAUACCGCGCCUUGAAGAAGGCCGACCAGGGAAAGAACCCUGCGAAGAGCCAAGCCUCACACUUGAAGGUGUUCCGCAUUGACGCGUCCACAACCUUGAAGGCCGAAGAUGCGUUUUAGGUUUUCGAAACGAGCCUGAGUUUCUGCGAUUCCCGGGCGAUGCUGGCAACCGGCUGCGGUUGCUUUUUUUGGCCAAACCGCGCAAAAAGGGGGACGUUCAUGAU